GAUUAUUUAGCUAUAAAAGAAGACGAGAUCUCAGUAACCCGUGGGGAAGUUGUACAAAUAUUAGGAACCAAUCAGUAUAAUAUGUUUUUAGUCCACCGUCCUGCCAACAAUCACUGUCCCGCAGCCGAGGGAUGGAUUCCAGGAAAUAUCCUCGGUCCUAAAGAAGGUGACGGCAGUUUAAAAAAAUUAUCGUGGCAGAUGUUUAAAUUAAAGAAGCCUAGUUUUAAAGAUAAAAACAACCCCAGUGGAAGUUCCAGUGGUGGGGCAGGGGAUACCAACAGCCUGGAACGUAGAACUAAAUCUCUCGGGAGGGAGGGGAAGUCCAAAAUUGUGGGUCCAGAUUUAGCGUAUGAAAUGCCUCCUGUGGUACAGCAUCCUCUAACCAGCGUAACAGUCCAGGCCGGUGAUAUGGCCGUAUUAACCUGUAAAAUAUGUGGUCGCCCUCGUCCAAAUAUAGCCUGGAGAUUCCAAGAUGUUACGCCUAUUGCCAUUGGUCCUAGAACUAUGUUGAUGUACAAUGAAGAUGGGGUUGCAACAUUACAGCUAUCUCAAGUAUCUGUAUCUGAUAGUGGUGAAUACUCAUGUUUUGCCAGUAGUGAAAUGGGUUCAGUCGUAACAAGGUGUACAUUAAUAGUUUUAGGUAGUGAACGUGAAGAAGCUACAGGCGCCAUCUGGAAAGCCACGUUUGAAAAUGACUUCAUGGAUGCUGGAGAAAUCUGCAGGGGUCGUUUUGCAGUGGUCAGAAAAUGUAUACAGAAAUGUUCUGGUCAGGAACUAGCUGCUAAAUGUAUAACGCGUAGAUUACUGAGUAAACAGGCUACGGAAACAGAAUUUAAUACAUUACAGAGUCUACAACAUCCCAGUCUAGCUAGAGUCUUUGAUUUGUACGAAGCCAAACAGAAUCUCAUCAUCAUUAUGCAAUAUUUACCCCAUGGUCGGUUAUUUGAGUAUAUCUGUUCCAAGCCUCAUUUUGAUGAGUUACAAGCUGCUGAAUACGUUCGUCAACUUUUAGAUGUUCUUCAUUAUUUACAUAACUGUCGCAUUGCACAUUUAGAUGUUAAGCCUGAGAAUUUAUUAGUAGAGGUAGGACCAAUGUCUACGAGUGUAAAACUGAUAGAUUUUGGUGACGCCAGACAUAUUUAUAAUAAUUAUUAUAUACAUCCAAUGGUGGGCAAUCCUGAAUUCAUGGCUCCAGAAAUAGUUAGUUCUACUCCAGUCGGUCUCCUCACUGAUGUCUGGAGUGCUGGUAUUAUAAUCUAUGUAUUAUUAAGUGGUGUAUCACCGUUCCUGGAUGAAAGUCAAGAAGAAACGUGUUCUAAUAUCAUUCGUAACGACUACUGUUUCCCCGAUGAAUACUUCGCUGGAAUAUCACCGGAAGCCAAGGACCUCAUGCGUCUUAUUUUAAUUGAAGAUUUAAGUCGGCGACCAACAGCUCAUACAUGUUUAGAAAGUGCCUGGAUUCGUAAAGCAUUAGUACCCAGAAAUUCUCCGCUACGCCCAAAACCCAUCCUCACUUCACGAUUAUCAGAUUUUAUCGAACGAAGACGCCAUCAGGUGAGAAUUUUGGAUGCUUAG